AACCUGCCCGGUACACCGCCCCCAGUAUGUCAUACUGCACGAACCGCAUGUUCAUCACAAGUGCUUCCUGCGCUCCGACUCACACCUACCAUCCCGUGCGCACGUCCUGCAGGAUACUUUGCGCACACACGCUCGGGUCUGCAGCAGAAGAAAAAAAUCCAGGGACUUUUUCUUCAGGACGCCAGGAGGAGAGUGUGGAGAUCCACAGGUAACUGCAGUGUUCCUCCGACGUUCAGCCGACAUGCUGGGGAUCUGUGUGUGUCUGUGCGUUGUUUUCAUGCACGUCCUCUCGCAGGAGGCUGAGGAGCCCGUCUCCUACACUUGCACUGAGGGGUAUGAGUAUGACAGAGUCAGAGAGCAGUGCAGAGACAUCGACGAGUGUGCCUUGUUAGAUGAUGCCUGCAAAGGAGGGAUGCAGUGUAUCAACCACUUUGGUGGAUACCUCUGCCUCCCCAAGAGCGCCGUCAUCUACAUCAGCCAGGAGGGCGAGCAGGUGCCGCUGCCGGACUCCAUCCCUCCGGUCCCGCCGAGCCAGCCCCAGAUCCCGCCUGUGUUCUCUGGCAACCAGAGGCUCCCCCAGCCCACCCGGACGGUCCGCUGUACGCCCGGCUUCACCCCAGAUGAGCAGAACCUCUGCAGAGACGUGGAUGAGUGUGCGACAGGUAGACACACAUGUGGCCCCGAUCAGACGUGCUACAACACAAGAGGCUCCUACACCUGCCAGUGUCCUCAAGGCAUGCAGAGGAACGGAGACCACUGCGUCGACAGAGACGAGUGUGCCCAGACCCACUACUGCAUGCACAGAUGUGUUAACACCCAGGGCUCGUACUACUGCGAGUGCAACGAGGGUCACAAGUUGGCCAGCAACAACCACAGCUGUGUCGAUGUGAAUGAGUGUGACGUGCAGAGUCCCUGUCAGCACCACUGCUACAACCUGAUUGGCUCAUUCCUCUGCCAGUGUGACCAGGGCUACGAGCUGGCACAGGACAUGGUCUCCUGCCAAGAUAUUGAUGAGUGCAGCUUCUCCAGCUACAUGUGUCAGUACCAGUGUACUAACAGCCCAGGAAGUUACUCCUGCGAGUGUCCAGAGGGAUAUCAGCUCCAGGGAAACAGGAUGUGUCAAGACAUAAAUGAAUGUGAGACGGGGACCCAUAACUGCCAGGAUGAUGAAAUGUGCUGGAACUAUUACGGAGGCUUCCGCUGCUAUCCCAGAGACCCCUGUGAGGCACCAUAUGCCAAAACCUCUGAGAACCGCUGUAUCUGCCGUUCUCAGGCCGAGUGCCAGGGUCUCCCACCAUCAAUUGUCUACAAGUACAUGAGCAUCCAGGCUGACCGGACCGUGCCAGCAGACGUGUUCCAGAUUCAGGCCACCAACAUCUACUCCAACACACACAACACCUUCAGGAUCAAGGCUGGGAACGAGGCAGGGGAAUUCUUCCUGCGGCGUUCCAGCAAUGUGAGCGCCAUGCUGGUGCUCACCAAGCCUCUGACAGGCCCCAAGGAGUACGUCAUAGACCUGGAGAUGAUCACUCACCAUCUGACCAUGAACUACCGCUCCAGCUCACUGCUGCGGCUCACCAUCAUAGUCGGGCCAUACGCCUUCUGAGCACCUCCGCAAUUCCCAACAGCCCACACAAGUCCGGUUCAGGAAACAUAGCAGUGUAGCACAGCAGAUGCCUGUUUUAGCAUAAAAUACUGUACAUUUUUCAUAAAAUACAUGCAUAUAACAUAUAACAUAGGCAGUUUCAAGACUCUUCCAGCAGCAAGUCAGUUCAAAAUGGCUCAAGACAGACCAGUCCAUGUUGUGAUAUGACCACUGGGCAUCUCUUUCUCUCCAGGUGCUGGGAGGCAUAUAUGAAAAGAGCAGUGGCACUCCGAAAAAGACGCCUAGUGGACACACACCCUAACGUGGAUGAAUUCUUUUGAUGCAGCUGCACCCACAUUUAUCACUUUGUUACGACCAGCAGUGCUCACAAUAACCUGCUUGUACAUCAGUGAAGCACUCUGUCGUAAGCCAGACAGGAAAAAAAAUCAUAUUUUCUUUAUUAAUAUACAAGACAAAUAUCCAGUAUGAGCUUCUUUUGAUACUGAAGUAUUUUUUUUUUUAAAUCAUGUGCUUUUGUUGAUAAAUGUCGUAGGGGUUAGUGCUUCUGCGCCACGCUAUUCAUGCAAGUGUCUGUACAGUUUUACUCAUGAGUAAUAAUUUCCAGAGGAGUCCAGAACAGUUCAGAAGUGUCAAGGGAGGGAAUUUGCCUGUGAGUUGAGAGACUGCUUAACUUUGUACGACAACAGGAUUCGUGCUCGUGGACUUUAUUGACAGGAGUUAAGUUGUGUACAUACCUAGGUAACAAAUCUAUGUGUGUGUGUCUGUUUGUGCGAGUGUUUGUGUGUGUGGAUGAGUGAGUGUGAGUGUGUGUGCCUGGCUUUGUUUUUGCAUGCAAGCAAGUGAAAGUGUGAAACACGGAGGGGGAGAAAAGGAAAGAGUGAGAAGGAGCUUGUUCUCUGCCGCAGGUUGAUGUGGUUGAGCUGUUUAUGUGUUUCUUUGAUGCCAUCCUGUAACAGCCCUCGGUCACAGAGGCAAUAACCAAGAUUUCUGAACCCGAGAGCACUCCACAGGAAAUAAGGCAUUCUUAACAUGCCUUGGCCAAUUGACCCCUCAUUGGUGCUACUGCGGAUCCCCGAGAGAAACAACUGGGCUUUCUAAUGUCGGCCCCAGUCCAGAACACGCACCGGCACCAGGCUGGCGUGCCAGAUAAAGAUAAUUACAGUGCUUCGCCAUGUACCGAUAGUUCAUUUGUGAAACAGGGGGAUAUUAUUAAAGUGUUAAUACAAUGCCGCCACACUUUUUGAAGAGGGGUACUCUUUCACUACCUGCUUCGCUUUUCGUGGCUCCGCGUAUCUGUUCUGGCUUAUUGCUGAAACACUGUACACUUUAGACACAUUGCACUGAAAACCACAUCAGAAAUCGACAUUGUUGUCUGCAGCGCUCUGCAAGUGUAGAAACUCAUCCAUCUUUGCCUGGAAGUCUUUUUAUGUGGUUUCUGCAGUGAUCACGCAAUAGUGCCUUAGAGGUAUAAACACAAAAAUGUAACACUAAUCAGUCAUGCUGUCAAGACUGUUAAUCAUUGAAAUGCCCUAAUUUUUCUCUUGUAUUUAAAAUAUAUUUUGUCAUAUGUACCUUAUAUUGAUUGUACUCUGAAGAGCAAAAAUUAUAUUGUUGAAUAAAACAUGAUGGAUAAAUGGG